UGGUCUCAAAAUGCCGCGACUGGGACAUUUUCGGGGAAUCCCUCCCUGUCUGUGGUGGUCUCGCAGUACAUGAUAAGUUUGCAGCGCCGCAAGGUGCGCGCUGGCGAGGAGGUUACAAGUGCGCGCGCAAUCACUCAUGAGACUAUGCGGCAGCUCUGGGAGUUCAAUAUCAAGUAUUCGACUGAUCGCAGGCGCACAACAUCGCGCAAGCGGAAGGCUGAGCAUCCAGAGGACUGGGCGGGUUACCGGGUUCGCCAAAUGUUACAACUCCUCUACAUUGUGUCAAUGCUGUGUUUGCUCCGCUUCGACGAAGCAUUGCGA